GAAUUUCAGUUUUCAGCCUCGAUAAUAGGGUUUGACUUGCUACUGCUUCUUUCAUCAAAAUCCUCUGCAUCUUCAUCUUCUCCCAUAUACCUAUUGAAAUCAGUAUCGUAUAUAUCAUUGGGUUAUUCAGUAUAUGCCCAACCAGACGCAUCUUCAGGAGGUUGA